AUGAAGGCAUUAACGCAUCUAGUCAGACUCUUCUUCUUGUUGCCAGUUGUCUCAGCACAUUACAAAUGGCCAGCUAUGAUUAUCAACGGUGAAGUCACUGGCGACUAUGAAUACGUUAGGAGAAACACGAACAACAUUAACCCUGUCAUGGACCUGUCCUCGACGGAUCUUCGCUGCAAUGAAGGUGGCCUAGACUCAGGCGCCGGGACUGAAACUGUCUCAGUAACUGCUGGAUCCAAAGUGGGAUUUACACUGAGCAACUCAAUUAGCCAUAUCGGGCCAGUGCUGGUCUACAUGGCCAAGGCCCCGGGGGACCCGUCUCAAUGGGACGCGGCUGGUGAAGUGUGGUUCAAAAUCAACGAAUGGGGUCCAGACUUCUCUACUGGGACCAUUAACUGGCCACAGCUCGGCGUCAUGAGCUAUGAAUUUUCCAUACCCAGCAGUGUACCCAGCGGUAAAUACUUGGUGCGCAUCGAACAUUUAGCCGUGCACAAUGCUGCUAAUGCUGGAGGAGCUCAAUUUUUCGUUUCAUGUGGUCAAGUGGAAGUAACUGGAGGAGGGUCAGGCACGCCAGGGCCGUUGGUGGCAUUUCCUGGCGCCUACCGAUCAGAUGACGCUGGAAUUCACUUCAAUAACUACUACCCGCCUCCAACUUCGUAUAGUAUGCCCGGACCCUCGGUUUGGACUGGAUAG